GGACUGGCCGGAGUUGAGAAUCUGUGCUGGGAAGGGUUGGCUAUUGACAUCUGCAAUGUAUUGUGUGUGGAUGUCUUACAUGGAAUCCAUAAAUUCUUUAAGGACCAUGUGAUGGAGUGGCUUACAAAUACGAUCGGAGAAGAUGAGCUUGAUCGGCGUAUGAUGGCUCAGCCUCAUCGGAUCGGGUACCGUAACUUUAACACUGGUAUAUCUCACCUUUCCCAAUGGACUUGUCGAGGAAAUCGAGACCUUGAACGGCACAUCUUGCCCGUUAUUCUAGGAGCCGCAGGAGCUAUUCCCCCCGUCAUUAAGGCCUUGCGAUCUCUGCUAGAUUUUACCUACCUUGCCCAACUCCCAAUGCACAAUGAAACAACCCUGCAUAAGCUCGAAGAGGCCCUCCAGAACUUCCAUGCCACAAAAUACAUUUUCAUUGCCAAUGGCUCGAGACGAGGAACUAAUGGCAAUGUUAUCAUUGAAGACUUCAACAUCCCAAAGCUUCACAUACUCCACCAUUGGCGGGAUAAUAUAAUUGCAUCUGGUACCAGUGACAACUUUUGCACUGAGGUCGGGGAGGCUCUACAUAGGGUUGGACCAAAGGCUGCAUACAAAAGUACGAACAAAAAGGAGUAUGAAACCCAAAUGAUUCGGUACUUUGUUCGGUCUGAA